AUGGAUGCCGAAACUGCUGCUGCCAUUGCGGCUCCCACCAUUCGCGGUGGUCUCAAUCCCGAAGCCUCCCGCUUAUUCCGGGUUUACCGCACAAUCGCCAAUAUGCUAGACAAACGAGGAUACAUGGUCCCACCCGAGAUGCGCAACAUGACUCCCUCAAGCUUUCGAGAAAAGUUUGGCGAAUUUCCAAAUAGAGAAGCCUUGACGUGCUUUGUUGAGAAGGCAGAUGACGAAUCAAAUCAGCUGUUUGUUUUCUUUCCUGAAGAUGAGAAGGUGGGAGUCAAGCCAAUCAAGGUUUACACAGACCGAAUGAGGACGGAGAAUGUGUCCAAUGCUAUCAUGGUGCUCAGAGUUGACAUCACCCCUUUCGCAAAGCAAGCCGUUCUUGAAAUGAGCGAUAGUUUCAGAAUUGAACACUUUAAGGAAUCGGAGCUCUUGGUGGAUAUUACACAGCACCAACUGGUCCCGACGCAUCAAGUUUUGACGCAGAAUGAAAAAGCAGAACUCUUGAAACGGUACCGAUUGAAGGAGACACAAUUACCACGAAUUCAGACGAAUGAUCCCGUAGCACGAUACUAUGGAAUGAAAAGAGGAAUGGUGGUUAAGAUUAUUCGUCCAUCUGAAACUGCAGGGCGAUACGUGACUUAUCGCGUUUGCAUGUAA